UUCGCCUCAGCUUCUUGUGAGUGUGACAAGUUAGCUAUGUCUGGUCGUGGUAAGCAAGGUGGAAAAGCUCGUGCCAAAGCCAAGACUCGGUCUUCCCGCGCUGGGCUUCAGUUCCCUGUUGGCCGAGUACACCGCCUCCUACGCAAAGGCAACUAUGCGGAGCGGGUUGGGGCUGGCGCGCCGGUGUACCUGGCGGCGGUGCUGGAGUACCUGACGGCCGAGAUCCUGGAGCUGGCAGGGAACGCGGCCCGCGACAACAAGAAGACCCGCAUCAUCCCGCGCCACCUGCAGCUGGCCAUCCGCAACGACGAGGAGCUGAAUAAGCUGCUGGGUAAAGUUACCAUUGCUCAGGGUGGCGUCCUGCCCAACAUCCAGGCCGUGCUGCUGCCCAAGAAGACCGAGAGCCACCAUAAGGCCAAGGGCAAAUAGAAAUCAAGAGUACUUUGCAGCAAUCCCAGUAAAGCUAAUCGACUCCAAACCAAAGGCUCUUUUCAGAGCCACUCAUAUUUGCUGGAAAAGAACGUAACAUUCUAUGUAGGGAGACGGGGAAGAAGUAGUAAAAGACCUAAAUUCAGGAAAGCUGGAGAGUAACAAGUGUUCCCCCGGGUCCUUGUUUAAAACGCAGGUACCCGUAGGUUUAAAGUUGGAAGUCCAGGUAACAAAAAAUACGACUUGUUAGAGUCUUUGUGAGCAGAUCCGUUAGGUCGCUAGUUUAUUUACAGUCUAAAAUACCCACGGGCAGCCAUUAGCUUCCUCAUUUUUCUUAAGUGGAUGCAAAAGAAGCCUGUGGCUCGAAUUUAGCAGACAGCUCGCGAGUCCACCGGCGGCAAGGCGCCGCCCAAGCAGCUGGCCACCAAGGCGGCCAGCACCCGCAAGACUGCGCCACUAUCCUGCCGACACCUCGACGCUGCGCGAGAUUCGGCGCUACCAGAAGUCGACCGAGCUAAUGAUCCUCAAGCUGAAGUUCCAGCGGCUGGCGAGCGAGAUCGCGCAGGACUUCAAGACCGACUUGCGCUUCCAGAGCUCAGCAGUCAUGGCGCUGCAGGAGGCGUGUGAGACCUAUCUGGUGGGGCUGUUUGAGGACGCAAACCUGUUGGACAUCCAACUUGCCCCGAGAUCGAGUGGAGAGCUUUAUGACACCAUAGUCUACACCUCUCCGAACGCUCUGUCAGCCACACAUUUCUCUUGACAGUAGAAAUGUGUGGCUCAGUUAUAUACGUUCAGUUUAUAACGUGGUAACGUAUAUGCUCAGUUCUUUGUUUUACUUCCUGAAUUUGGAGGCACUCUGCUAUCCCUCUAUGUAUUAAAUUUAUCCACUUAAAAUUGAGAGUAAAAUGUUGGAAUGACGUCUAUAAAUAUAAUAUCCCUCUAUGUAUUAAAUUUACCCACUUAAAAUUGAGAGUAAAAUGUUGGAAUGACGUCUAUAAAUAUGACACCAUCCUGUAUCCUGAGAAAGGUUUGUGAUAAAAAAAAUAGGCCAUUAAAAUCUCAAAUGCUGUUCCCUCAGGAGAACUUGAUAGUAAUUUCUGACGACCUUAAAACCAACCGAGAUGUUCAAGGACAUGUUUGCCAAAACUAUUCCGUUCAAAUACAAAGUUUUACUAAUCACCUGGGUCAUAAAGCCUACCUCUCGAAGACUUAGAUGAGGAAAAAGGAUUACGGUAUGGUUUCACAAGAAACUGCGUAUGGGUAUUGAGAAGUACAGGGUGCUGGGAGCUCCUGUCAGGAACAGGCCUCUGAGCAAGGCUGACAUGGUUACUUACGGAGGAAGGAAAGGUUGAUUAAUGAGACGUUGCAAAUCCCUUUUUUGUUGUUGUUGUAACCAAAUAAGACCAUGCCAAUGGUCUUUUACUGUCAAAAAAAUGGUCUUUUACUGCCAAGGUUACAGAAUCUUGCCUCCUACUUUCUGCUAACUGAAUUCCUUCAACUUGACAAUGUUGAAUUUUACCUGAACCCUGUGAUCCUAGAAAACGUGUUUUAAGAAAUCCCCCCACCCUUUGUGUUCAUGAAAAGGCUUACUGCAAAUAACCACCUUUCCUGAUAUGAUUUAGAUAAGACUAAGGAUUAUGCCCUUGUUUACAGAUCCUUCACAUUCCCAUGGCUUGUCCCCACUGAUCAAUCAGAAACAAAAUGCUUGUUAACCAAACUUUGCUUAAGUGUCCCUCCUUCCCCUAAGUCCCUGAACUUUGACCCACUCUCAUCUUAAGGGCCUUUAAGGACCCCUUUCUAAGGGACCCUCCCUGAGAAUAGGGUGAGGCAUAAAUCAUUCCUCGUCAUCUGUUAUGGAUUAAAUUGCAUCCCCCCAAAAUGUGUUCUGAUUCCUAACCUCUACAUCUGUGAUUAUAAUCCCAUUUAAGAAUGAGUUGUCUUUGUUAUGUUAAUGAGAUGAGAUUAGUGUAGGGCAUGUUUUGAGUCAAUCUCCUUUGAGAUAUAAAAAAAAAUAUAGAAGAGAUUAAACAAGCAAGCAGCAAGCAAGGAGAGAAUGGGGUAAGGUAGCUGCCAAGCCACAUGGAGAUCUCCAAGGAACCAGGAAGCAGAAGCUGAAGAGACAAAGACCUUACUCCAGAGCGCACAGACAGAAAACCUUCACCUCUGAAUUCGGACUUCUAGCCUCCCAAACUGUGAGAAAAUAAAUUCCUGUUUGUUAAAGCCAUCCACUUGUUGUAUUUCUGUUACAGCAGCACUAGAUAACUAAGACAUUCCCACACCUGGCUUUUUUGUUUUGUUUGUUUGUUUUUUCUAGCCUUGCUUAUUCUUGUCUCUAGAAAAGAAAAAACCUUUAAAUUUCCAGAUGCUUGCUGAUCUUAUAGUUGGAAUGUUCUCCGUGUUGUAAUAGUCCCCCUUCCCCACUACUAACUACAACAGCCCAUUUUCCUUUCUCUCUUUUCUUUCUGAACAAAGCUUCUCCCUAUCUAAAUCAGGAGGCCUUUUUGUUUCGUUUUUUAUUUGAGACACUGACAUAAUCCCCAAAACAGAAGCUCUUAGCUUUUUUUUCUUGUAAAUCAUGGACAAUUUUGGCUGUCUGGUGACUUUUAGGGAAACCCUUCUCAGGGUAAUGUCUUAAAAAUAUAUAAUACAAAGACUGCAAAACAUUGGUUAUCCUAGCAUUUCUUAAAUAAAUCUGAUAGAGUGAUUAAAAAAACCAAAAAACCCACUGCCGUCUAGUCAAUUCUGACUCAUAGCGACCCUAUGGGACAGAGUAGAACUGCCCCGUAGAAGUUUCCAAGGAGCGCCUGGCGGAUUCAAACUGCUGAUCUUUUGGUUAGCAGCCGUAGCACUUAACCACUACACCACCAGGGUUUCCGAUACAGUGAUAUGUAUGCUUAUAUAGUUAAUACAUAAUACCACCUUCUGGCAUUUUUAAUAACUGCCAUCAGUAAUUUGGGGGAUUUUUUGUUUGUUUUACCGGUUGCCAUCCAGCAGAUUCCAGCUCAUGGGAUCCCAUGUGAGCCCGAGUAGAACUGUGCUCCAUAGGGAUUUCACUGGCUGAUUUUUUGGAAGUAGAUUGCCAGCCCUUUCUUAAGCGCCUCUAGAUGGACUUUUAUCUCCAGUCUCUUGGUUAGCAGCCAAGUGAAUUAACUUUUUGCACAGCCCAAGGAUGCCCCAUCUUCAACACCUGUUACUGUGUUGUUAGUUGCCAUGGAGUGAGCUCCAACUGGAGGCCCCAGGUGUGCAGAGUAGAAAGCUACACUCUAUAGGAUUUUCAAGGCUGGUGGCUUUUUACUGAAAAAAAAUGGAACGCAAAGAAACUUAUUUCUGAUUGGCUUAUACAAUUUUCUAUAGACAAGCUGCCGGGAUUUCAUUAGUUAACAAGGAUGAAAUCGCUGGAAGAAUCUCAUUGGUCAAGAGGGGUGAAUUACAGGAAAGCUAAGCUUAUAUUUCGACAUAUACAAGUCUUAGGGGUAUUGUCCACUCUCCCACAGAUGCCAUUUUGUCAACCACAGGACUAUAUUAUUUCAUUUAACAAUGUUCUCUUUUGGAUGGCUGGAUUAGUUUCUGGAGCUCCCAUAACAAACUACCAACAGCUGAGAGGCUCAAAACAACAGAAAUUUAUUCUUUCACAGUUCUGGGGGCCAGAAGUUUGAAAUCCAGGUGCCAGCAGGGUUGGUUCCUUUUAGAGUCUCUGAAAGAGAAACUGCCCUUAUGCCUCUGUCUCAGCUUCUGGUGGUUGCUGGCAAUACUUAGCAUUCCUUGUUUUGUGGCAGCAUAACUCCAAUCCCUGGCUCUAUUUUCACAUGA